UCGUCUCUCUCUCACAUCCUUCCUCAUAUCUCUUUCUUUCUGGAUCUGAAGAUUUGAUAUUUUUCUCCCCAAAGAACAGUUAAGAGAUGGAGACCUUCCUAUUCACAUCUGAGUCCGUCAAUGAAGGACACCCAGACAAACUCUGCGACCAAGUCUCAGAUGCUAUCCUUGAUGCUUGCCUAGAACAAGACCCCGAGAGCAAGGUUGCCUGUGAAACCUGCACGAAGACCAACAUGGUCAUGGUGUUCGGUGAGAUCACCACCAAGGCUACCGUAGACUAUGAAAAGAUAGUCCGUGAUACUUGCAGAGAAAUUGGAUUCAUAUCUCCUGAUGUUGGUCUUGAUGCCGACCACUGCAAGGUCUUGGUCAACAUCGAGCAACAAAGCCCUGACAUUGCCCAGGGUGUUCAUGGUCACCUCACCAAGAAGCCAGAGGAAAUUGGUGCUGGAGACCAGGGACACAUGUUUGGUUAUGCUACUGAUGAAACACCAGAGCUUAUGCCUCUUACCCAUGUCCUUGCAACCAAGCUUGGUGCCAAGCUCACUGAAGUGAGAAAGAACAACACUUGCCCAUGGCUCAGGCCCGAUGGUAAGACCCAAGUGACUGUUGAGUACCACAAUGACAACGGUGCUAUGGUCCCUACUAGGGUUCACACCGUCCUAAUCUCCACCCAGCAUGACGAGACUGUGACCAAUGACCAAAUUGCUGCUGAUCUUAAGGAGCACGUGAUCAAGCCUGUGAUCCCAGCUCAGUAUCUUGACGACAACACCAUCUUCCACCUGAACCCAUCAGGCCGGUUUGUGAUCGGUGGUCCUCAUGGUGAUGCAGGUCUUACCGGAAGGAAGAUCAUCAUCGACACCUAUGGAGGAUGGGGAGCUCAUGGUGGUGGUGCUUUCUCCGGGAAAGACCCUACCAAAGUGGACAGAAGUGGUGCUUAUAUUGUUAGGCAAGCCGCCAAGAGUGUGGUGGCUUCUGGACUUGCACGCAGGUGCAUCGUUCAGGUCUCUUACGCUAUUGGUGUGGCUGAGCCACUGUCUGUUUUCGUGGACACUUACAAGACUGGAACGAUCCCAGACAAGGACAUCCUUGUUCUAAUCAAGGAGAACUUCGAUUUCAGGCCUGGUAUGAUGGCCAUCAAUCUUGAUUUGAAGAGGGGUGGAAACUACAGGUACCAGAAGACGGCUGCUUACGGUCAUUUUGGUCGUGAAGAUCCCGACUUCACCUGGGAGACCGUGAAGAUCCUGAAGCCAAAGGCGUGAGUGUAACAAGGAUGAUUCUUUUACCCCUUAAGGAGGAGGUGGACGACAUACGUAGGAAUUGUUGGAAGCUUUUGAUUGUUUGGUCAAAUGUUAUGUUUGUUUGUCUUUUUAUAUUUGUUUGCUGAGAAACAUCUUAGGAUUUCUAAAGUUUCAGUAUUUGAUGGAGAAGCCCUUAUGUUAUAUGUGUAAUCUUUGAACAAAUUUUAUCUACUGGAGUUCAUGAUUUCUGAUUUUA